UUCUAAACUCUACACAGUAUGUAAGCUUCAAAAAGGAGUAAAUGUACAGUUGUACCUACUUGGUACCUCUCUAGCAUCAAUCAUGUUGACCAAUCAAUAAUACGGAUUCGUACCUCAUAUGCAAUGAUCGCCUGCUCAGAUCAGGCUUUCCCCCCAAUUGACCUUGCUGACUAGUCGACUAGCUGACGAUCUCAACGACAACUCAAAAGUGUACUUUUUCAUCUUCUAUGUUACCCUAUUUUCUUUCCAUGCACUAACGUGCAUUGCGUUUGCCCGUUAGUUGUUUUCAACGACUAUUCUCAAUCUCCGCAUUCCAAUCUGACUUAUAUCUUCUGACCAGUUUAUGAAAUCUGUGGUAAACUACAUCUACAUAAGCUGCUGCGACUAAGUCCUGGGAGAUUGGAGAAACCCGGCGGCGCACUUUACACUCGAGGAUUUAUCGAAUAUGCCCUUUGGAUCUCUCCCCAAUUUUCGAAGGCGACCGGCGACAGCGACGUCUUCCAGCGAUGGCCAAAAGGAAAACCCCCAGCCUAGCAUUGAAAACCCGGCCGUCUUAAAGAGGGAAACUAGAGCACGUCGUGUUUUUAUCGGGAUAUCAUGCUUCUGCUAUUUAAUAGCUAUUAUCUUCUUGAUUUUGGUUGAGAUAGGAAAUACGAGAAAUUCCCCGGUCAUACGUGACAUCUACUUCUUCAAACUCGAUCUUUCCGACAUUCUUCCCCAAUCUGCGCCGACAAGUUUGACUUUGCAAAACUCGAUCGCACGGACUCUAGGUUUGCACGAUUUCUAUCAGGUUGGCCUCUGGAAUUUUUGCGAAGGAUAUAAUACCGAUGGAAUCACACAUUGUUCAACCCCGGCUACUCUCUAUUGGUUCAACCCAGUAGAGAUCCUACUUGGCGAGUUAUUUUCUGGAGCUUCCAUCGCGUUACCUGCCGAAGUGAACGAAAUCUUGAACAUCUUACACAUCGCCUCGAAUAUCAUGUUCGGAUUUUUCAUUACUGGGUUGCUUCUAAACUUCGUUUUGAUGUGCCUGGCUCCAGUUGUCGUGUACUCGCGAUGGUGGAGCGGUCCUUUAGGUUUCCUCGCCUUACUUUCUACGCUGCUGGUGUUGAUAGCUAGCGCCCUUGGCACAGCCAUGUCCCUUAUCUUUAAAUACGCCUUGACAUCACAGACCGACCUAAACGUCAAUGCUGAUGUUGGUUAUAAGAUGCUUGCAUUUAUGUGGAUAGCAACUGGAUUUACAUUGAUUUCCUUUAUUAUCCAUGCUGGUUUAUGCUGUUGCUGUACAUCGCGCCGGGACAUCCGUACUGGGCGAAGGACCGCAAGGCAUGCUAACGAGGUUACAUCGAACGAGAAGAAAGGUAGGACGACAGCAGCCGCUUCGGAUUAAUGGUGGGAGGCCUUCGAGCCACUGGAUAGAGCAGACAUUUCUACGGAGAUUCUUACCGAGGAACUAGAAUAUUUCAUGUGUUUAAUCUUUACUAGGAUAGGUAGUGGUUAUAGACUAAGGGGACUGGGAUUGGAAGGACAUUCCAGGAAAAAUCAUUAGUAGCAUACUUUUAUCAAUCAAUCAGUCAAUUUACAAAUAGUUAAUAUAUGAUGGCGCGAGCAGUAUGUCUGAUUGGCCUAUAUGUG